AUGUCGCUGCCCACGCCUCAAGACAUGGCAGCGUGGCCCACGCCGGACUAUGACAGCCCGCAUGAGCCCUUGACCUCUGUAAUCUAUGGUGUCAACAUCUCCUUGAUGGUCUUGAUGACCAUCUUCGUGUGCGGCAGAUUUUACUCGCGCAUCUUUCUGACGCGCAGUAAUUUGGGCGCAGAUGACUGGACAAUGCUGAUUGCAUUUGUAAUGGCCAUGGGAAUGUCAAUAGCCCAGGUCGUCGAGACUGAAUUUGGUGUUGGCCGCCACCUGUACGAUGUCAAGCCCGAGUGGUUUCCAAAGCUCGGAAAGGCCAGCGUAUCAAUCCAGGCAGUCUUCGGCCCCUGUUCAGCCCUCACCAAGAUCUCCAUUUGCUUGACAUACCUGCGUCUUUUCCCUUCCAAGAUCAACAAAUGGUUCAACUAUAUUCAAAUCGGGAUUCUAAUUGGAUUCGGCAUCUCAACUCUGGUUGGGAUGCUGGUUCAAUGUCGGCCAAUUGAAAACGCCUGGGAUUUCUCGAGACCAGAUUCGGUCAAGAACUGCAUCGACAAGGAAUCAUUCUUCAUUGCGGUGGCGGCCAUCAACAGCGGCACAGACUUUCUUGUCUAUCUGUGGCCGUCGUAUUAUCUAUGGAGAAUCAAACUGAGCCUGGUCAAACGCAUUGGUCUGAUUAUAUGCUUCGGGGUCGGCACUCUGAUAUGCGUCGCCGGCAUCAUUCGCAUAACCUGGCAAAUCAAAUACGCAGCCUCCUGGGACCAGCCCUACAACGGCGCCAUAAUCUUCAUAAUCGUCGCAAUCGAAGUAAACCUCGGCAUCGUCUGCGGCUGCCUCCCCGGAAUCCGCCCCAUAAUCCGACGCCUCUUCCCCAAACUGCAGAGCUCAACUCAGCACUCUGAGCGCGGAGGAUAUAGCAGCAAUGUGAAGGGGAGUGCUGUGAGCUGGAAGGAUAAAAAAGGGUUUCAGGGUAUACACUCGGGUUCGAUUCGUGUUACGAAUGAGGUUGAGUUGUCGGUUUGGAAUGCAAGGGACGGGAGAGAUGGAUGCCGAGACCGGGAGAGGAUUGAUGCUGUGGGGAAGGGGAGGGGGGAUAGUGAGGAGUGGAUUUUUGAGCCUUGA